AGCUCGGCUCGAGCUCCCCCCCCCCUCCCCGCGCCCCCCUGCCAGGCGGGGAAGGCCCGCGCCCGCGCCCGCCGCGGGGCCCCCCCCCCGGUUCCCGGGGGCCGCCCGCGCGAGCAGAAGCGCCCGCCUUGUCGAAUAGCUCCGCGUUCGAUGUACUCUCCAGGACCCGCGGGUUGGCCGCAGCAGCCUUACAUGGUGGUCGGCGUGCCGAUGAUGGGCGGUCUGUCCGCGGGCGGCGGUCCGGGCGGCCUGCCGCAGGCGGCGCAGGCCCUGGCCGGGAGCUGCUACGCAGCGCCCGCCGGCGGCAGCGGCGGGGGCGACGGCGACGUGGGGCUCGAGUACGCGAAGGAGUGCAUCGUCAUGGCAGCGGGCCAGUACCGCGAGGUGCACCCGACGCUGUCGCCGGCGCUGCGGUCGGCCGUCGGCGGCUGCUUCCGCUGCAGCCCGGCCGACCUGCCCGGCGGUCUGCAGCUGGAUGCGGCCAGCGGGGUCAUCUGGGGAACGCCGCAGCGUGCAGCUGUCGGGGCUGCCGCGGUCACCUACAGGGACUGCACCGUGGUGUUCUCGUGCUCCGCCGGGGCCGUUUCCGCGAGGGUGGGCAUCAAGGUGGUGGACUUCCGGCCCGAGGACUUCCAGAUCGCGCACGUGUCGCAGAUGGAGCAGAACAAGUACAUGGUGCUCCUCGACACGCGACGGCAUCAGUAGUCAAGCAAGGUGUGUUCGGCCCUCGCCGCCCAGCUUUUUGUGGCAAGACGAGAUCCGGUCUUCCUGACCCCUCGCCAGACCUCUGGGCGGAGCUGCCGUGCUUGCGGUUUUGCACUCCUUUGCCAGUGCUCCCGCAGCGCAGAUGGACUCAGCUGUGAGCUGUGAUCUCCACCAGUCAUCAGCUCGGAAGGCGAGCAAACCGCAGGCUUUCGGUACUAUAUCAGGCGCGAUGCGAUGGUAUAUCUCGAUGUGGUCUUGGCCAUUCCUGACAUCGCAAAGUGUGGUGUCGGCAGUUUCGAUAAUUCGGUGUUAUAAAUUUCCUUUCUCCUCCCCCUGUUCUCUCUGCUCCUUGUUGUGAUCCUCCACCUCCUUCUCCUCGUGCCCCUCCUCCUUCAUUCUCCUCAGUGUGAAAUAGCUCCACGCGUGCGAACACGCCAAAGUGUGUUGCCCGCGCUUGUGUGGAAGCGCACGUGGUGCUUGGGAUGCAAGCCAUGCUCCAUUUGAAAGGAUUUGCGAAGCCAGAGGUUGCCGUACAGUAUUUCUGCAGUGGUCGACCCUUGAGUCAACA